UCAAAUGUCAAGUUGGCAAAACAAUAAUAAAUGAACAUGAAGGUUUUAUUCGUUUAUUUCUUAAAAUAUUGGCUUAAAUCGAUCAGUAUACUUUAAUUCGUUUAUUAUUAUACUUACGCAAUGGAGGCUUUAAUAUGCAGGAUAUGCCUGGACAAAACGGGCACUAUAUCCGUUUUCGAAAGUGAAUCUGAUAACGUUCAAUACAGUGCAAAGUUGAAAAAAAUGGUUAAUAUUACAGUUACGGAGGAUGAUGGAUUGCCGAGUAUGAUGUGUGAAGGUUGUACAAGCGAGCUAUCGUUCUCUUAUCAGUUCGUGCAGAAAUGCGAAGCUUCCGACCGGGCUCUUCGGUGCUUGAGUACUCCCAUCGAACUAUAUUCUGACUUACAAGCAGACAGGCAUCUUCAAGCUAACAUAAAGGCGGCGGAAGAAAUUAAAAACGAAAUUGAUGAUGGUGAUUGUCAUGAUGUAUUUGACAACAGUUUCCUCUUUGAUAGCUCUUCAAAGUCCGGUUGUGAUGAUGAAAGGAGUUUAAUUAAAAAAUGUAGUAAGGAACCAACUUAUAGCACCUGUAAAGAUAAAGAAGAUAAAAUUGAAACUGUUACUAACAAUAAAGCUACUGAAAAUAUCACUAGAAAAUCAACUCGUAAGAAACGUGGUACAAAAGGACCCAUCCAAUGUGUUAUUUGCAGCCACAUAGCCUCCAGCCGAUCCGCAAUGGAGAUUCAUAUGCGUACACACACUGGGGAGAAACCUUUCAUGUGUGUAGCCUGCAAUUCUAAAUAUCCCACGAAAGGGUCCUUAAAACGGCACAAUGAAACAUUCCAUUCAACUCGAGAAAGACAAUUCACUUGUGAGACAUGUGGCAGUAGUUUUUACAGAAAAAAUGAUAUUAUAACACACUUAAGAGUACACACUGAUGAAAGGCCAUACGUUUGUCCUUACUGUCCCAAGAGGUUCCGUCAGAUAGCUUCUAGAAAUCGCCAUCAAAGAGUACACACUGGAGAGAAACCAUUUCCUUGCCCAAUAUGUGGUAAGAAGUUUGGCCACAAAGGUUUGGUCCAAAAACACCAAAGUGUCCAUAGUGAUGAGAGAAAAUAUAUUUGCCAUCUGUGCAGUAAAUCAAUGAAGUCUAGAACAGCACUAAAUGUCCAUAUCAGCCUUCACACAAACAAAAAACAGAAUGUAUGCAGCUUUUGUGGCACAGCCUUUGCUAUGAAAGGCAAUCUGCAGACACAUAUCCGUCGGAUGCAUUCUGAGAAAUCAGGACAGUGUUCUGUAUGUUUAAAAACGUUUUCUGACUUGAAGGUACAUAUGCGCAAACAUACUGGCGAGAAACCCUAUGUAUGCGGGACCUGUAAUGCAGCCUUUACUGUCAAAAGAAGUCUGGCUCAUCAUAUGCUAUUCAAACAUGAAAAUGCUGGUAAAUUCAAAUGUUCUAUCGACGACUGCACAAAGUCCUUCCCUACAGCAACCAUGCUAGAAUUCCAUUUACUAAAGCAGCACACUAAUCACACUCCCUACAUAUGCCUGCAUUGCCCUCGAAGAUUCUUCCGCGCUAGUGAUCUUUCGCGUCAUUUAAAAGGCACCCACAUGGAUUUGAACAAAAAGUGUGCACUAAAAACUAUCUUAAUAUCUAAGCUUUAAAUAUUAUAAGACUGAGUAACAAUGUGUAAAACUAGUCAUUAGUAUUAAGAGAAGAGAUUCCUAUUGAAUAUACUAUAUUUUAGACUCAAUACUUAGGUGUUUUAAGUAUUAUCUGUAUAUCUGUUAAAAAUAAGCAACUUAAUUUCUGUAAUAGUAGUUUUUUCAACGUGACGUUCCAGGA